AGCCGCGCGCGGCCCAUCCAUGGACCUGCGAGCCGCGGAGGAAGAGGAGGAGAGCCUGCAAACGGCCUUCAAGAAGCUCCGAGUGGACGCGGCCGGAUCUGUUGCAGCUCUCUCUGUGGGUGACGGGACGAUUCUGAGAACCCCGACAAGAGCAGUUGUGGAGGGAGCCAAACAACAGGCUGCCUGCCCCAAAGAAGCUUGGCAUGGGUGUGUGAGAAAACCUUCGAGAGGGUCGGCGCGAGUCCCCCGUCGCCGACGCUCCAAGUCUCCUGUCCUGCACCCUCCCAAGUUCACAUAUUGCAGCAUGAAAGCCGACAGCCAGCUGAAACACAAAACCCAGGCAGACACAUCGAAGGGUAACGUCACUUCAGAACACGGUACAAAGGACGGCUGCGAGUCUCACUUUGAGGCCAGUAAGGACAGAAGAACCAGAACUGAACCUUCRGAAGCUUCCACAGCUGAAGAGCCACUGGAGAAUUCAAGGAAGAAUCACCCUGCUCUGUCUUCAUCCUUUGAAACCAGCCUGGAUUCUAGCCAGGCUUCAGAUUUCCAGUCCUUCUCCAUGCUUAGCAAUGGCCAGCAGUGCCCUUGUACGGACAAGAAGUGCCGGUGCCAGCAGUGGCGAGCCAUGGAGGUGUACUCUUUCUCUGGCUUACGGAGCGUCCUGUCGGAGUGCGAGAAAGCAGUCCUAGGAAUCCAUCCGCAGGCUCUUCCAAACAGAUCCUCCUGUGGAAUGGCCUCAUCAGGUUCUCCUCGGUCUUGUUCGGAGCAAGCUCGAGCCUUUGUGGAUGAUGUGACUAUUGAAGAUCUUUCGGGCUACAUGGAAUACUACUUAUAUAUCCCCAAGAAAAUGUCUCACAUGGCAGAGAUGAUGUACACUUGACUGAAAGCAAUAGAGAAUCAUGAAUCARAGCCUGUGAUAAAUGCUUGGGUUAAAUGCCUUUCAGUGCCAUGGCUGUUUUCACUGCUCUGUGUUUGAUCAGAUGUUUCUUUGCAUCAUACAGCUUAGUUUUCUAAUAAAAUGAAAAAUGGAAUAUAGUUUCUGAGCAUAGUUCUAAAAACAAUGCACUAAAGUUUCUGAAUACCUUAACAAAAGCACUGUAGGUCAAAUAAACUCCCUUUGGUUUUUGGUUCAUGCUGUGGAUAUUCAAGCUGUGUACGUUGUUUUCACUGUAUCUGGGAAAAGCCUUUUAAGCUUUGCUCCGAGAUUUUGGAGGGUUUGGAAGAUUCAUUCUUGAUAUGUCUUAUUCAUCCUACUCCAAGGAGAAAAAUGGGAAAGCAUUCAGUGUUUUAGAUAGGAUGUGUAUCCUUUUCUUGAACACUGUCUGGGUGKUUUUUUUUCCUCCUUCCAAUUGGAUCAAAUUGUGAAGGCUUUUCCCUCAUAAAGAACAUGUUGGAGCGGGCUUAGACCCUUCCAUGGUCUUAUCAACUCACUCUUACACAAUUAUAUUUAUCUACAGAUAGCGAAGCUCAUAAAAGCAAAAAUAUAUGUUGUUACACAUGCUUUACAGAUGGAGUAUUUUAAGGGAGAAUGGAAUGGGCUAAGAGAGUUAAGAAUAAAACUUCCUUGGGGCCACACAGUCUCCAAAACUGAGAUUGUGAAGCCAUUUACAUGGAUCGUAYCCAGGUGUGUUUGAUACACAGAACAGGCAGGAAGUGGGAUAAACAAGAAGUGUAUAUCGUUCACGCUUUGUGGUGUAGGAUUAUAAAAUUACAUCUGGUUGAAAAUACUCCAGUAAAACACAGGGAUUCUGAGUUGUGAAUUAAUACAUGUUUGUCUAAACCAAGCAUCGUUAAAGCUUGAAUAGUUUGACUUACACCCCCUAAGAAGCAUUUGUAAAUUAAAGCGUGCAUUCAAUGUCAGCUAUAAAUGCACACUUAACAACUAUGAGCAGAAUAGUGCAAUUUUUACUUUUACCUUUUAACGUCAAGGAUCAGCAAGCCAGGAAGUCACAAAAAGUUCUACAAAAAUAGAGAGUAGCAGAUGUCGACAUCUGACCUUGCUUUCUGCACUCGGGAAGUUUCAGAUAUUCUAGAUGAUCCUCAUUUAAUCCUCACUUAUUUUCUGCAGAUUUUAUUCUAAUAAUCYCUAAAAAUUAUGCUACAAAUCCAGAAGUAUAGAUUCAAAGUUUUUUAAAAAAAAGAAAAUCCAAAAUAAAUUAGCAUGAGUCUACCACAAAAACUUUCUUUGCUCUUGAGUGUUACCACUUCAUGCACUGAGCAUGUAGUAUGACUUGUCCAUUUUUGGUCAGUUUUUCACUGCCCCAUUCCCUUCUCCUGCCUUCUCAGUGCUGUCCUACGUACUCACAGACUAGAGUGUCUCUCAUUUGGUUGUGCUUUCCUCACUUUGUCACCUCUUUUUCAGUAAAUUUGGUGUAAUCUGGACUUUGCUUUUAAACCUGAAUAUUUAGUGCUAGUUACCUCUGCUGCUGCUGUUUUUCAGAGG